GGAAAAGCAAGAGUAAUUAGCCACCUGAUGCUUUAGAAAACUCGGAAAUCUGUGGUAUCUGGUGCCGCCUAACCUUGCCUAUUUGUUGACAAGUGCGUUCGCCUCGUCUAUUGCGCGUGAACCUGGAAUUUAAUCUCGUAGCUCCUGGCUAUGAUUACCGAUUUGCCUCUAGCCUCUUCGAUUAAUGCCCCGUUUUAGCCCCCGCAUCCUACAGUUUAUUUUAUUUUCUAAUUGCCCUUUUUCCUUUUUCGGAGAAAAAGACGCAACAUGAAAUAAUUUUCCUAUGAAAUUAUAUGAAAUGAUUUUAGAAAGAUGCUAGUGUUGUAGUGUUACUGUCAGGACAUAAAUGGAGGAGUAAUUCUCAGAGUCACGCCAAUACACCGCUGAUUAAGGGAGAAAAAGGAAAAAAAGAAAAAGAAAAAGAAGUUCUCGCCCCAUUUGUCCAUACGGCGCCAAAAGCGCGCCAGAUUUGGGGAGGAAAGCCCUAGCGUUGGUUCCCUCUCUAUCGCCGAACUCCCUUUGCUGCCCCUUCGUUUGUUUCGCUUUCUCCCAAUUUUGCAGAUUACGCAUCAGGCCGAGAAACUAAAAAUCGCGGAUUACGCUAAGGGUAUUAUGGGCUGAGAUCGUAGGAUUUAUAGAUUUCAAGAGAGUUUGAGCUUGGCAUGGAGGAAGAGAAGAGGAGGAAGAAAAACAAGAAGAAAAAGAACAAGCAAAGUAAGGCUGUGGUGGAUGGGGUAGUUGCAGCUGAGCAGUCGGCAAGUGGGGAUCAGAAUCUGGUAAAUAAUGGGAAAGAUGAACAUAGUCAACUUUCGGAGGACACAGAUGAGCAAAGUACGAUUGCGUAUUCAAAUAGACAGCCGCCAAAUGGUAAAGAGUGUAUCAAUCUAACUGUUCAAGGGGAUAGUGGGAAUCAGCAGGAGACUGAGAGAGAGGCGAGAAUUAAUUUAGCAAUCUCAGAAGAAAUAGUUAGAAAAUUGAGAAAUGACGAUGAUAUGCUGGUACAGAAAGAGGUUAUAUCGGAAGAGACAAUCAAAAAAUUGAAAGAGGAAAAUAAUGUGCUUAUUCAGAAGGAGCCCAUUCUUGCACAGGCUAUGUCAGUAGGGACAAUAAGAAAUGUGAAAGAAGAAAAUGCUAUGCACAUUCAGAAAGAGGCUACGUUGGAAGAGGCCAUCAAUAGAUUACGAACUGAAAAUGAUCUUCUGGCAAAAGAACAGGAUACUCUGGAAAUGAGAAUGGCACAGUUACAGAGUGAAAACGAUUCUUUACUUCAGAUAAAGGCUGGUUUGGAGGAGAAAACCAACCAGUUAUUGAAUGAGAAUUCAGUUUUGGGCCUGAAAGUGGAAAGUUUGGUGGAAAGAAUAAAUCACCUGGAGAGAGAUAUAAGUAUUUCUUUUGAGAGGGAGAAGUCAACCAAAGAAACUGUUUCAUACCUGAAUGAUGAUAUCAGCAGGCUACAAUCGCAGGUGGCAGAGUUGGAAGUGUGCAGGAAUACUCUGUUGCUAGAGAACCAGGAACUGAAAGAAAAUCUGUCAGGUCUUCAAACGAAAAUUUGGAAUCUUGAAAAGACUAUCUCUUCCUUCUCACUGAAUGCAUCUGCGAAGGAUUAUGCUUCUGAAAAUGAGGACUUUAAAUCUCAAAUUGAAGCAGCCCAAGUGUUGGUGGAGAAAUUGGUUGCUGAAAAUGCGGAACUUGUUGAGAAGGUGAACGAGUUGUAUGUGGAGCGGGAUCUACCAAGUGCAGCAGUUGAACUUUCUGGAGCCAGUGGAACUGAUGGGUUGGAUGAAUCUGCUAAACCUGAUACAGCAGCCGUUGCUUUGCCUGAAUCUGAAGAGCAUAUAUCUAUGUCAAUCGGAGAGCUGAAUUCUUCAGGAGAAGCUCCAGUUGAGGAUAAAAGUAGCACUGUAAAUGCUGCGCAUACUGGUGGGGUAAUUUCAAGCUUUCCGUCGGCAUCUGAGGACUCUGGAGAAAUUGUGCAAAUUCCGUUGGAUGACAAUGAUGUAAGGAGUCCGGAGUCGCUGGCUGCCCGGGAUGUGGAACAGGACGAUGAAGUGCCACUUACUGAUGCUCCCCUUGUUGGGGCGCCAUUCCGGCUGAUAUCAUUUGUAGCCAAGUAUGUUAGUGGUGCUGACUUGGUUAACCAGAGCUCCUCAAACACAGGGGGGCAGAGAAAAGGCUGAUUUUUUGACGUCAGGAUGUUGCAGCUAUCAAGGAAGAGGGUAGAUAUUCAUAUAUUGUAUGCGCAGCUGUGUUUUAAAGUUCGAGUAUCGCUAGUUGUAACCCCAUUUUCGGCAUAACUAAAAAUUAACUACACAGCAUAAUUCAGUGGACUCUGGCGUACUUCCUACUUGUCGCAGAAGUAUAAUUGAUGUGUCUCAUGCUUCAGAUAUUGGGGUAUCUUUUUGAGAAUGCAAUUAGCAAUA